AUGUCAGGCCGGAACGAGGGCCCUACCGAGGUCGACAACCACUGGGGAGGAAAUAAUGGUGGCUGGAAUGACCACUCUGCCGGAUAUGUAUCCAAUGCAAAUGACUAUGCCACUGAUAGCAAUCAGUACAACGACAGUGCAGCCGGUGAUGCCUUUGCCAGUGGUGCCAACGACGGGUACAACGAUCAGGAUGCUGCUCCUCGUGACGACAAGUGCUUCUCCUGCGGUGAAGAGGGGCACCGGAAGUUUGAAUGCCCGAACGGACCACAAAUGACUUGCAACUACUGCAAGGAGCCUGGCCACAUGGCCAAAGAAUGUCCGACCAAGCCCCCUAUGAGCUGUGACAACUGCGGCGAAGAAGGGCACAUGCGCAAGGACUGCACCAAUGCCAGAAAGAUUGACCGCAGUGGCAUUGCCGACAUGGCCGCUGAUGUUGCCUGGGAGAUGAUCAAGCGAGCGGCCGCGGAGCAGGAUGCCGAUGAUGCCAAGGACGGCAUUCAAGCCUAUGUCAAAGCUCUGAAUGGUGGAAUCACAUUCCGCGAGCUUCAGGAGGCCUUCAUUGCGAGCAACAUCAACCUUUGGCUCAUUGCUACCGAGAGAUCUUUGAUUGAGAUCUUUACGAACAUGGACCUACAAGGCAAUAUGGGCAAGAAGUAUAGUAUCUCGUAUCGAUUCUCGGAUCAGCCGCAGCGACCCCGAGAGAUUGGGGGCUGGCCAAAAGGAAUCGAAGAGAUCCUGUCCCGCCUCGACGAUGCGGGUGACGUUGUUGACAGUGGCAAGCCGAAGUGCUCCAACUGCGAUGAGGUCGGCCACAUGGCGAAGCACUGCACCCAGGAAAAGGUUGUUCGCGAAGUCAAGGGCCUGACUUGCUACAACUGCGGUGCAGACGGCCACCGAAUUCGUGAUUGCUCCGAACCUCGCAAGGAUUGGUUCGCAUGCAAGAACUGCGGCAAAUCCGGCCACAAAGCUGCAGAUUGCGAAGAGGAGCCAAACCUCGACAACGUUACCUGCCGCAAGUGCGAGGAGACUGGACAUUUCGCGAAGGAUUGCCCCAAGGGCGGCGGCCGUGGCUGCAGAAAUUGCGGCCAAGAAGGCCACUUUGCGACCGAUUGCGAUCAGCCGCCAAAUCUCGACAAUGUACAGUGCAGAAAUUGCGAAAAGACCGGCCACUUCAGUCGCGACUGCCCGGAGCCAAAAGACUGGUCCAAGGUCAAAUGCUCCAACUGUCAGGAGUUCGGACACACCAAAGUCCGAUGCAAGCAGCCUCCGGCUGAACAGCCUGAGGAGGACCAUGGUGGCGGAGGAUUUGAUGGAGAUGCUGGCGGCGAUGCUGUUGCAGGUGGCGGCUGGGAUCACGGCAACCAGCAGGAUCAUUCUGGCGGCGGCGGUGGUGGUGGUGAUGCCUGGUAA